AUGCCGUGUUAUGGAAAUACUAUCAUUAAGAUUAGUCAAGUUCGACAAUCUAUAAGAGACAAUAUCAGUUCUAUUAUCAUAUGGGCUAUUGGCAUCUAUCCUGUCGAACAAGAAGAUAAUGAUAUCGAAUUAGUUAUGUUUAUACCUAUAGAUUCAGAUGAAAGAGAUCCUGAUAGUCAGGCAGUAUUCAAAAAAAAUGAAUAUUAUAUUAUCGGUAAAAAGGUUAUACCUGAAUAUUACCAUGGGGCUAAAAGACUAAAG